GCAUACGAAUGUAAACACUACAGAAACAAUUCUGCUCAUCCUGUUACCAAAGUACCCUAGCCGAAUAUUAUCCUGCUGUUGUUUAAAUCAAAGUAAUGCUUUUUAAUUAUGUCUACGACCUCUAAGGUUGUUCUGGGAGUGUCGAUAGUCCUCACUAUCAGUACCGUUGCAGGCGUUCAUAUAAAGCAGAACUGGGACAGACAGAGGCUGCGCGACGGAGUGCUGCGCGAUCUGGAGCGCGUGGAGCGGAAGCGCGAGAACCUGCGCACGCUCGAGGAACAGAUCCAGCUGACGAGAGAGCUCGUGGCCGAUCGAGAGAGACGCGAGGGUGACAAGACGGGAACACACACUUCAUAAACUGACCAUAUUAACGAUUAAGACAUGGAUAGCGGGGACCAAAGGAGCCUUGCGGCACAGGAUGAUGAGACCAUGUGCACGUCUGCUUCUGAGGGUUUGGAGGAGGGUGAGGUUGAGGGAGAAACUCUGCUCAUCGUGGAGUCUGAGGACCAGGCGUCCGUGGAUCUGUCUCACGACCAGAGCGGAGACUCUCUGAACAGUGACGUUGGAGAGGAUGGAGAGGGGAGCUGGAACGAGGACAUGUCGUUCUAUUGCGACAAGUGCCACAAGUGGAUCCCGUCUGGUGAGAAGACGAUUCGGCUCCGGUACCAGAAGAACAGGCUGUCGGCUCCAUGUGGCCGAUAUGCACUAAUAUGACUACAUCACUAUAUCUGUUUUAUAAACUUAAUAAUGAUUUCAGAGUAACAUGUAGUGCACUUUAUGUCUCAAUAAAGACUCGUCCUGAAAGGAAAA